GUUCUCAUCUCAUCUCAGCUUAGAAACAAAGGCAAGACUUAUUUCCUGGAGAAAGACACUGGCACUUGACGAGACUGGAGUAUAUCCAACGUCCUACACUCCACUGAGGCUGUGGGCUGAGUUUUAGCUCCCCUAUUCCCAGCAGCCAGGGUGGGGGGAGCUCAUCGGACAGGAUCUCCCCUUCCCCUGGGACUGGUUUCCUCUGGGAAUUUUCUGCAGUGGGACAAAUCACUCCAUCCUUUACGGACAUGGAACACGUGGAGAGCAGAGAGGCCAAGGAGGUCGGAUCGCCGGGGUGUCUGGUCACCUGCCUGAACAAGGGCUGGAGGCGAGUCUGUGGCCGCUCUCCACCACGUGUCCUCCAGCCUGGAGGGUGGGAAGGUCUGGGACGAGGAGCCCUUCACCCACGACACCAGCGCUGCUCCAUGAUUGGUCAACCAGAGGCACAGUACAAGUGGGAUGUGCGAGGGACUCCAGGCCACCGAAUCUCCUACAACCAGUCACCCUACGAGCGUCCUAUCUGGAACCCCAAAUUCUGCGUCAUCUCCGGAAAUCAGCUUCUUAUGUUAGACGAGGAAGAGGUCCACCCCUUGUUGCUUCGGGAACGAAGGCACGAGCCUUCCUCGAGGACCAAACUGCUUCGGCGAACUGUCAGUGUCCCAGUGGAAGGGAGACACGCUGACCACGAGUAUCACCCAGGCAGGUCUUCACGGAGGAAGAGCAUUCCUGGAGGGAAGCAGCUGAGUAUGGAUGCUGUGACAUCGGCUCCCUUCAGACCCACACAGGGAUUCCUGAGCCGGAGGCUGAAGGGCUCCAUCAAGAGGACCAAGAGUCAGCCCAAACUGGACCGGACCAGCAGCUUCCGACACAUCCUGCCCCGGUUCCGCAGUGCUGACCACGACAGAACCCGUCUGAUGCAGAGCUUCAAGGAGUCGCACUCACACGAGUCACUGCUGAGCCCCAGCAGUGCAGCCGAGGCACUGGAGCUGAGCAUCGACGAGGAUGCCAUUAUUAAACCAGUCCACAGCAGCAUCCUGGGCCAGGAGUUCUGCUUCGAGGUGACCACUCCCUCGGGUACUAAGUGCUUUGCCUGUCGGUCAGGGGCCGAGCGAGACAAGUGGAUUGAGAACCUGCAGCGAGCGGUAAAGCCAAACAAGGACAACAGCCGACGGGUGGACAAUGUCCUGAAACUGUGGAUCAUCGAGGGCAAGGACCUGCCGCCCAAGAAGCGCUACUACUGUGAGCUGUGCCUGGACGAGAUGCUGUACGCCCGCACCACCAGCAAGGUGAAGACGGACAACGUCUUCUGGGGUGAGCACUUUGAGUUCAACAACCUGCCGUCUGUGCGUAACAUCCGCAUCCACCUGUACAAGGACACGGACAAGAAGAAGAAGAAGGACAAGAGCAACUAUGUGGGGCUGGUCAACAUCCCCAUCAGCAGCGUGGCCAGCCGCCAGUUCGUGGAGCAGUGGUACCCCGUCAGCCAGCCCAGCUCCAGCCGCGGCAAGGCAGGUGGCCCCACCAUCCGCAUCAAGUCCCGCUACCAGACAAUGAACAUCCUGCCCAUGGAGCUGUACAAAGAGUUUGCCGAGUACGUCACCAACAACUACAAGAUGCUCUGCGCCGUGCUGGAGCCCGUGCUCAGUGUCAAGAACAAGGAGGAGGUGGCGUGCGCCCUGGUGCACAUCCUGCAGAGCACGGGCAAGGCCAAGGACUUCCUCUCUGACAUGGCGAUGACGGAGGUUGACCGCUUCGUCGACCGUGAGCAUUUAAUAUUCCGUGAGAAUACCCUGGCAACCAAGGCGAUCGAAGAGUACUUAAAGUUGAUUGGUCAGAAAUACCUCAAGGACGCAAUUGGUAGGUUGGUGUACGUGACUGCUACACUCACUGCUACCGACACUCCAUUAACACAGGGGGAGUUUAUCCGAGCACUUUACGAAUCUGAGGAGAACUGCGAGGUAGACCCAGCCAAGUGUUCCUUUUCCACCUUGGCCGAUCAUCAGGCCAACCUGAGGAUGUGCUGCGAGCUGGCUCUUUGCAAGAUCGUCAACUCCCAUUGCGUCUUUCCUCGUGAGCUGAAAGAAGUGUUUGCCUCCUGGAGACACCGCUGUGCGGAACGUGGCAGAGAAGAUAUCGCUGACCGCCUCAUCAGUGCCUCCUUGUUCCUCCGCUUCCUAUGUCCCGCUAUUAUGUCUCCCAGCCUCUUCAACCUGAUGCAAGAGUAUCCGGAUGACCGAACCUCCAGGACCUUGACCCUGAUAGCAAAGGUCAUUCAAAAUUUGGCCAACUUUACCAAGUUUGGCAGCAAAGAGGACUACAUGUCAUUCAUGAAUGAAUUUCUGGAGCUUGAGUGGGGCAGCAUGCAGCAGUUCCUGAUGGAGAUUUCCAAUCCGGACACAGUCACCAAUGCAGCCAGCUUUGAAGGCUACAUAGACCUAGGCCGUGAACUCUCCACACUUCACUCCCUUCUGUGGGAGGUGCUGCCUCAGCUGAGCAAGGAAGCUGUGAUGAAACUAGGUCCCCUUCCUCGCCUCCUCAAUGACAUAAGUGGUGCUCUGAGAAACCCCUCACAUGUACAAAGGCAGUCCAGCCACAUCGCGGAACGCUACACCUCUGGGCCCAACAUCAACCGCGGCGUGUCAUCUGACCUUCAGAAGUACACAGUUAAGGAUCUGAAUAGCUCAAUUGAUAUGACCAGGCUGCCUUCUCCAACCAAGGAAAAGGGAAAGGAUGUCUUUUACGUGACACGGCCUCCACUUGCACGCUCCUCCCCGGCAUAUUGCACGAGCAGCUCGGACAUCACUGAACCUGACCCCAAGAUGAUGACUACAAACAAGAGCAUCUCCAUGAUGGACCUCCAGGACAGCAGGAGUAUGAAUAGCAUAAGCAACCUCCAAACGGUUGGCGACAUGUUAAAUAGCAGCCAGGCCUCCAUCGGAACCACAGUGGGCCUCAGACCAAGCCGGCUGUCUCAGGGCAGCGGGUCAAGUGUGUCAGGAGGUCUGCGACUGGGUCAGAUGGGCAUCACCACAGAUGGAUUGCACGGGCAACUGAGGGUCCCCUUGUCCUUUCAGAACCCCCUGUUCAACAUGACCUCAGACGGGCCCGCCUCACUACGGACUCCCGCUGAGCCUGGCGUCGGGCUCUUGGGUUACCAUGGCUACAGCAAGAGUGAAGACCUGUCGGCCAACAAGCAGAUCUUCCACAGCCACAGCUACAGCGACGAGUUUGCCCGCCAGAACAGCGAGUUCAGUCGCCGGCAGCUCUCGCUCACCGACAACCUGCAGCACAUGCUCUCAACGCCCCCGACCAACAUUGGCCCCCAGAGGAGGAUAGACCAGCCGCCACCUCCCCCUCCGCCUCUCGUACGGGGGAAGACGCAGCAGCUGACGGUCAGCGCGGCCCAGAGACCCCGGCCACCGAGUGCCAACUUACUGCAGUCACCUGCUGAGCCUGCCCACGCUCCCAAAGUGCGGCAGCAAUCGAUCAUGGCCAAAACUGAUGCCCCAGCUCCAAAACCCGCUAUUACCAAACAGGCCUCGCAUUCACCCUCGACGCUUCACCCCGUCACCCCCUCUGAACGCACCGUUGCCUGGGUGACCAACAUGACUCACUUGUCUGCAGAUAUCGAGAGCUCACAUCUGGAGCGGGAAGAGUACAAACUGAGGGAAUAUUCCAAAUCGAUGGAUGAGAGCAGGCUCGACAAGGGGCAACAGACCCAGUAUGAGGAGGAGAUUCUUUCCCUGAAGGAAAGGCUGCAGAUGUCAAACCGCAAGCUGGAGGAGUACGAGCGGCGGCUGAUGUCACAGGAGGAGCAGACGGGGAAGAUCCUGCGAGAGUACCAGUCACGCCUGGAUGAGAGUGAGAACCGUCUACGCCGACAGCAGGAGGAGAAGGACAGCCAGAUCAAAGGCAUCAUUAAUAGGUUAAUGGUAGUGGAAGACGAGUUGAGAAAAGAUCACGCCAACAUGCAGGAGGCCAUCGAUGCCAAGCAGCGGAUAAUCGACGUUCAGGAGAGGCAGCUCUCAACGAUGGGGGCCACCAACUCCCGGCUGAUGAGUACCCUAACUCACAUGAAAGACCGGUGCAGCGAGACCCAGCUGAAUGGCGUGAUGUCAUCGCACCCUCCGCCGCGCCUCCAGAUCACUGAAAAUGGCGAAUUCCGUAAUGCCAGCAACCACUGAUGCAAAGGGGAAGGGGGCUGGAGCAGGGGACAGUGGUGGGGGGGAGUGGAAGCAAAGUCAGGUGCAAAACAUCUCUCCUACCCCCUACUUAACUUCAUUUCUCCUCUCCCUUUCCUCCACUUUCCCCUGCUCAAGCGUGCCCGCAAUGGGAUGAAGCUGGCAAAACGGCAGAAAUGAGAACCAAUUUUAACUAUUAAUAAUUGUUUUAUAUCCUAUCGUCAUCCAUGCACGAACACUCCUGAGUUCAUUGGCUGUGGACAAUGCCUGGAUCUCGAUGCACUUAACGAGUGGUAUAUUUUUCAUUGCACUUUUUUACUUGUGCCGUGUUUAAAUGGCCUACUGUGUGAGAAAGAAAAGGAAAAUGUUUGAGAUAUAAAUAUAAAUAAUAUAUAUAAAUAAAUAUAACAAAAUUGUACAGUUCAUAAAAAAUCUCUAGUUAUGUGGAGAGUGGGUUUGAUUGAAAUCUUCACUUACAAGGCUACUAAUUUCGUGCUUGGCUAAUGCUCAUCCUUGGUGCAAUUGGAUAGCAUUUGGUCCCACCAGUUCUGGUUACUCUGAUUCACCAGGAAGGCAGUGUGCAUUUCUCCAUUGACACAUACUCUCCUCCGGGAGAACUUGAGCCAAAUUCAGCAGUGCUAGUGAGACUCUUGAAGUCAUCUGCCUUUUGUAAUGCACAUCAUCUCAAAUCUCUGAUGGAAAGAAACAGACCAGACAGAUUUUGGAAGUGCCCCUCUAUAUUGUCCUGACAACCAGAAAUUAUACAGUCCUGCUAU